AUGAGUGCUGGUUAUAGACUGCCAGUGGUGGAUCUUGACCUGAUCAGUGAUGAGCAGGCUCUUUUACCCGAAGUUGAAAGGAUUAUUCGUCGUAAUGAUACGUUCUUACUGAAAAACUAUGCCAACAAGGGCCUACUGGAUGGAUUGAUGGAUAUUUUGCAGCAUGAGGAUGUUCCGGAUGUAGAGGAGGGUUUUGAUGCGAAUUUCACGGGAGUUUUAGAAUUGCAAGAUGAUAUUUUACUUGAACAGUACAUCUUCAAUACGGAUCAGACUUUAAAAUUCGAUAGAGAGUGCACCAACGAGUCUUUGAGAAAAUUGUAUGUGAGAUUGUUCAAAGUGGGUCUUUUUUUCUUACAACUGUGUAUGAAAAGUGUUGGAGCACCGGAAUUGGUGACUGAGAAAGAUUAUUCUUCGAUAUUUAGUCGAUACUACAGGCAGGACUCAACUACACAGGUUUUGCCCAAUGGAGAGACCUUCGAAUAUGUUUUGAAUAGGGCUUUCAGGGAUUUUGUGUGCCCUGGUAUUCUCACAAUAUUCCCUGUGGCCCGAGGCAUUAAGAUAAAACCUCCAACAGUGAGUGCCGAUGAUAAUACUUGGAUGACUAUUGAUGAGCCUGACUGUCUUCUGAUUCAUACAGGUACUUUACUGGCACAGUACUCGGGCGGGGUUUGUUCCAGUUCAAGGAUACAAAUUUCACCAGAAAGCAAUGCUGUAUAUCUUACCCUAGCACCUCCAUUAGCAGCAGUGAUCGACUCUACCGGUAAAACUGUUGCAGAGGGUCUGUUGAAGCAACAAAUCCUUGAGCUUCCCGAAGUGGCUAAGAAAUUUUAUCCAAGAGAGGCAGCCUUAAUGCAGAUCACAAAAAUGAUUGGUUUCUACAAAGAGCUUUUCUCUAUCACUGAAACGGUGUUGUCACUGUACGCAAUGUCAAGAACAUCAUUCUCUGCCCCAAAGUUGGACUCAUUACUUCCUCAAAUUUCCAAUAUGAUGCGAAAGAAGAUUUCUCAACAAGAUUUCUUGAAGAUGAUAUUCUUAUGGCCAGAGUGUUACGUGCUGGAGGCUGAUUCCAGGGGCGAUUUGACUGUCAAACUGCCGAGAAGAGAGAACUUGCUCAUAAGUAAGUCUAGGCGCCUAGAGUUUGUCGAGAAGGCAGAUAAAUGGCUAAACGGCGUAAGUGGAAUGGCCAAGAUACCGACCGAUGUUCCUGUUCUAAGAUCUUCGAAGAGACGAGGUAGUGGAGGCUCUGAUCCAGAACCAACUCAAUUGAUGAAAGCGAGGAGCCCGACGAAUGCCGUGCCCCCAUCAUCCAAUUAUAUCUCUAACUCUAAAGAUAAAUUCAUGUACGCCGAGAAGAAAACGGAUUCUCAGAGUAACCUAUUAGAAAGAUUGAGGGAGAGGGAAAGAAGGUCAGCUGCUCUACUCUCUCAACGUCAGAGGCAGUAUGAUCAAUUUCUGGCAGUGAAGAUGAAACAGGUCUUCGAAAUCUUAUACUCUCUGCCGCAGAGCAAACCUUACACCGCUACUCAUUUGAGCUCAUUGAUCGUAGACAGCCUACAGGAUAGUAAUAACCCCAUUGGAACCGAAGAGGCAGUGAUGAUUCUGGACAAACUACAAACUCUGUUAGGCGCCCAGUUGAUAGCCCAAACAGUAGAUGGUGGUUUAAAAGUCUACAGGUGGAACAGUCUUGAUAAAGGCUUAGUAUUAGCAAGAAUUGAAGAUGCUCUCGACCAAUCCAUGCAUAUUGAUCAUUUGUGA